AUGUUUAUAAAAGAAAAAAUAUUUGUUCACUUUUCUAAAAGGCAAUUUUUUACAACAAAAAUAAAUUCACUUAACAAUAAUGUUAAUAAUCAUAAUGACAGCAUUCAACAAAUUAUUAGUAAACAUGGUGAACUUGAAGAAUUUAAAAGUAGAACAGAUUCAUCAUUAUCAAGUAAGAUAAAGGAAAGAUUAGCAGAAAAAAAAAGUAUACAAAAUGCUUCAAAAGAUCAAAGUACAUUAAAAAGUCAUCAAAAUACCCAACUUCUUAAUAUACGAGCAGGAGGAGGUGUUUAUGAGUCAGAGACAAUAAAUUAUUUAAAAAAUAAUUUUGAUGUUGUAGCCAAAUAUAUUACAAAACUUGAUGAUUCUAGGAUAAAGAUUUAUGGACAAUUAACAUUACCAAACAGUGAUGAUUUUCAUAUUAUAAUACAAUGUAAAGAUACAUCAGCACAAUGUGGACCUAAUACAGUAAGAGAACUCGAAGGAACCUUGUGUCAAGAGCCACCUAAUACAAUUGGUAUUUUAUCUUCAAAAUCAGGAUUUUCCAAAACUUCAAAGACCAGAUACAUAGCAUCACCUUGUCCUUUGAUUUUAAUGAAGGUUUUAGAGGGAGGAGAAAUAUGUGAUUUUCUUGCUUUUAAUAAUGUUGCAGGAAAAAUAUUAAAUGGAUUAGAAAUUUCAACAAAAUACAUACCAAUCCAUGGUAAACCUGGAAUAUUCAAAUCAAUACCUACUUUAAUUUAUAAUGGUGAAAUAUUAGGUAAAUUUAAAAAUACUGUUUCAUGA